UUAACUCUUUAUCUUGUAUGAUAUUUGUAUGAUAACACGUUCGGGUUCUGGUACAGCAGAAUUGUAUUCGGAGCCCUUUAUUUUUAUAUAUAUAUUUUUUUUUAAUUCAUAUCUUUUACAUAAAAUGAUCAGAUUUUUGAAUAACGUUCUGCUCUUUCGCGAUGCAACCAAAAUUAACAAACUAACACCGAUAAUUUCCCGUACCGGCAUCCACACUGGUGAGGGAAUUUCACCAAUUAAGAUGUCAUUCGCUUCGUAUGAAAGCACUAACAUAGAUGAUUUGACGGGUAAAUCUCCGCUGCUUAUAAUGCAUGGCAUUUUCGGCUCCAAAAGUAAUUGGCACUCACUUUCGAAGACAUUGCAUCUCAAAACGAAAAGAAAGGUUAUUGCAUUGGAUGCAAGAAACCAUGGCGAUAGUCCUCAUACUGAUGAAUUUUCUUAUUACCAUAUGAUAAAGGAUAUCAAUUUUUUUAUAAAAUCUUCAAAUAUGACAAAUGUUGCUCUUUUAGGACAUAGCAUGGGAGGAAGAUCAAUGAUGCUAUAUUCACUCAAUUAUCCAGAAUUUGUUGACAAAUUAAUUGUUGUGGAUAUAUCGCCAAUAAAGACAAGCAGUGACAUAUACUCUCUCCAAUCUUACUUUGAAAUCAUGGAAAAUGUCACAAUAGAUAGAAAUUUAACUAUGUCCCAAGGAAGAAGAGAAGCAGACCAGCAAAUAAGUUCAGUUGUUUCUGACGAAAGUGUUCGGCAGUUCCUUUUAACAAAUUUAGUGAGAACAAAUGCAGGUUUCAAGUGGAAAUUGAACUUAAAAUCAUUGGCCAAAGCGUUCAGUAGCGAAAUUGCAAAUUUUCCAGAAAUAACUAAAACCUUUGACAAACCUACUCUAUUUAUUGGUGGGAGGCAAUCUGAUUAUUUGCCCCCUGGAGACAAUGAGAAGAUUUUGAAAUAUUUCCCUAAGGCCUCAUUCACUUAUCUUGAUGCCGGACAUUGGGUACAUGCAGAAAAACCGCAUGAAUUUAUUUCAAUUGUAACUGAAUUUUUAGAACAAUAAAUUAUUGUUAACUGUUACUUAAUUGAAUUUGUAUGUUUUUUCUAACUUACAUUUUAGCAAAUCGUGUAAUACAAGUCUUUCAGUUGACAUUGUGAUUCAUUUCCUAUUAAAAUACUGAAUAUUUUUGUAAAAAAAGUUCAUGUGUGCAUAGAUUUAUGCAAUUUAUGUAUAUUGUUUUUAUAAAUGAUUGCAUCGAGCAUUAUGCUACGCUACAUGUGAUAGUAGUGAAGAAUAAAGAGUGUAAUAUUAAAGUUAAGUAAAUAAGACAAAAGAACUUUUCAUUUAAGAAAAUAAAAAUCUCAUUAUGUA